AUGAUGCAAUAUGAUCAAAAAAUGGGAAUCCAGCGAUGGCUGAUCAUCUUCGUCCUUCAAUUUUUGCUACAUUUACCAACUACAAGAACAGGCUUCGCCUGCGUGAACAACCCCUGCAUCCAUGGGGUAUGCCUAGAUGACCUAAAUUCCACAUAUUUCUGUUACUGUAUCGAUGGAUACACGGGAAUACAGUGCCAGACCAAUUGGAAUGAGUGUUGGUCAUCUCCCUGUAGAAAUGGCGGAGUCUGCUUGGACGGUAUAGCAACAUUCGAAUGCACCUGUCCAGCUGGUUAUACAGGUAGGUCAUGUGAGGAGGACAUCAACGAAUGUGAAAGCAAUCCAUGCCAAAACAAUGGGACCUGCAUAGAUGCACAAAAUGGUUACACUUGCAACUGCCUUCCUGGAUAUUCAGGAACUUACUGCGAGAUAGAUAUAGCCGUCUGCAAUUCCACAAACGAAACCAGAUGCUUCAAUGGAGGAAUGUGUGAGGAGGGACCAGGUGAUUCUUUCUGGUGUCAGUGCCCACAAGGUUGGGGUGGUUUUUUGUGUGACACAGAACUAGAUGAAUGUGCAUCUUCUCCCUGUCAAAACGGUGCAGUUUGUAUAGAUUUACAUGCUGAGUAUUCAUGUGCAUGUCUUUUUGGAUAUACUGGUCAGAACUGCGAAGAAGUUAUGCAAAUUUGUGAUUCCAAUCCUUGUAGAAACGGAGCUUUAUGCAUAAUAGAAGAAAAUCGCUCAGUAUGUUACUGUGUCCCCGAUUUCCAUGGAGAUCUCUGCCAAUUCCAGUACGACGAAUGCCAACUGGGACCGAAGUGUAUGAACGGUGGUACCUGCAUAGACGGCAUUGACAACUCCACUUGUUCUUGUCCUCCAAAUUUAACCGGUGUACUCUGUGAGUGCCUCAUACUAGAAGACGGUACCUUGGAUUGCACUUAUGUCAGUUCCAGGCCAACCGGAGUACCAACGAGUUCAAUUUAUUAUGAAAAUUAUACAAUUCCAAUAACUUCUCCUUCUACAGUUAAAUCUACUGAAACAACUGAAGUGCCAACAACGAUACAUUCGCUGUUUAAUGAAACAAUUACUAGUUCUUUCGUAACAAGUACCGAUAUCAGUUCACCUAUUUCGAGUACAUCGUUCAUGACCUUAGAAGAAUCCACAAUAUUCGUAACAGCUCAUGCAAUACCCUCAACUGUAUCUCAAACAUCUACUGAUAUUUCUUCCUACGUUACGACUCCCUCCAUCACUACAACUAGUCUAAUUUUCGAAAAUUCAACUAUCACUUCUGAAGAAUUGAAACCAACCACUCAAGAAUUCCCAACAACUUAUGAGGUAAUCGAACUGACUAGUCUAGAUUCGAAAACAACAUCAGAAAAAACAUUCACAACUGCGUCGAUAACCAUGUCUCCAGAAGAACCUAUUACCUCAGUUGUCAGUACCGAAUAUACUUCUACAUACUCCACAUCACCAGAAGAACCACUUCACCAAAAUAUGUCUUCAUCUACCAAAGAAUCAUCGAGUAGUACUCUUUCCAUAGAUUACACAACCCCUGCAGUCCUUUCUAGUACUUCCUCCAUAGAAACAGUUGCAAGUGGAAUUACCUUGGUCACUACUUCACAAGAGGGGAGAUCUAGUAACGAUACCCUUCCAGAAGAGACAACUACUUCAAUUCACAGGUUUUUCACCACUGAGCCUACGAAGAAAAUGGAACCUAGCAUUAUGACUUCCACAAUUUUACCAACAUUUGAUUCAACUACUAUGGAAACAACUGAAGAAACAACUACUUGGACCAGUAUAGAUUGUACCAAAUAUGAAACAAAGUGCCAAAAUGGAGGUACCUGUGUAUUUUUAGAAUCUGGAUACAAGUGUAUUUGUCAUUUUGACCAUGAAGGUCCUUAUUGUGAGGUCAAACUUGGAAUUCGUCAUGCAGCUUUCAAUGGAAAUUCAUUCUUGUCUCAUCAUGUACUCACAAGUUCCUAUCACAUCGCUAUAGAAUUUGAAGCUAAAACAAUGGCAAACGAUGGCUUAUUAUUUUAUUGCAACAUAGACUCGCCACAUAUAGCACUUUACAUGGAGAGUGGAUACCUGAAGUUCAGGUUCUCUUGUGGAUACCAAACAAUGUUGCUCAGUGAGCUUAAGAUACCAGUAAACAAUGGUUUCAGUAUGAAUAUCAAGGCAGGAUUGGACUUUUCCAAAGAUUUCAACCACUGCAAUGCUUCCAUCAGAGUCAAUGAUAGCUUAUCAAUGACUGGAGACCAGGUUGCUAAGAUUGACAGGCUCCAUCACCCUUCAACUUGGUUACACUUAGGUGGACUACCCCUAGAUCUCUCCAAUGAUGUCUCUUACCCUGUUGGGGGAUUGUUCGGAUGUAUUUCAAAUCUGAAGAUUGAUAAUCACAGGGUACGAAUUUACGAUGAUGCUGAAGAUGGGAAUGCCAUCAUGGAGUGUUCUUCUUUAGCUUGUCUAUCAAAUCCUUGCAGUAAUGGUGGUUCGUGUAGUUCCAUGGGAGAUAAAUGGCAAUGCCACUGUAGAAAUGGGUAUCUUGGAAAAACUUGUCACAUAUCGAUAUGUGAUGAUAAUCCAUGUCUGUAUGGUGGAACUUGUAUACCAUUCACCAAUAGUGGCUACAUCUGUCUGUGUCCUUACGGUAAACAUGGACAUUUUUGCGAGAACGAUUUAAAAGUUACUGAGCCAAAUUUUUCAUCAACCAUUCGAGGUUUGUCUUCUUUUGUGGCUUAUCCCUUUCCAGAUGGAAUUUCCAAGAACAUGGAACUGACGUUCAGGUUCAUUCCCACCACUAUGGAACAAAUCGCUCUGCUCUUAUUCAUUGGUCAAGCUGGGCAUCAUGAUUUUUACUCUGACCACAUCGCUGUCAGUUUCGUCAAAGGGUAUAUCAUGCUCACAUGGAAUUUAGGAUCUGGUCCGAGAAGAAUUUUUACAGCACAGCCGAUAAAGAAGAAAUCUGCAAGUUACUUGGUCAAACUGGGACACACUGGUCGCAGAGCUUGGCUGUACGUCGAAAAUGUGGGAAAUGUAACAGGAAGAACUCCUGGAACUUUGAUCCAGUUGGACGUUGUCCCUCUUCUUUACAUCGGUGGUCACGAAUCCAAGAAUUUUUCUACACUACCUCACGACCUACCUCUUCACACAGGCUUUUCAGGUUGCAUUUUCGAAAUCGAAAUGAAAUCUGGAAGCGUUGUGAUACCUUUUCAGGGCAAUAUGAAAUCUUUCGGGAGAUCUGUUGGACAAUGUGGUACGAGUGAGUGCUACGAACGAAGUUGUCAAAAUGGGGGAGCAUGUCUCCAUCAUGGUAGUACCUUCAUGUGUCUCUGCCAGGAUGAUUGGUAUAGCCCUUUAUGCUCGUCGAAUCAUAAUUUGUGUGAUAGUAACUACACGAAAUGCUCUGACGAUUCUAGAUGUGUGCCGCUGUUAUCGAAUUAUGAAUGUGACUGUCCUUUAGGCAAAACUGGAAACUAUUGCAGAGAAGUUGAGAAUAUUACUGAUGUGAGCCUCACUGGAAAGCGAUCAUAUUUUGCAUUGAAACCUAUUGAGUUUGAUGAUUCUAAAUUCCAUAUAGAAUUUGACAUUCGUGUACUCAAAGAUCGGGGUGUGGUUCUGUUUAUAGGAAGAAAGGACACUAAUUUUAUCUCAGUAUCGCUGUUGAAUCAGAUGAUAGAAAUUAGAAUACGUUCUGGUGGAACUAAAAUGAAUGGUCCGAAGAUAAUUUCAGUUAGGAGUUCCAAGCUUUUGGUGAAGGCUUUCUGGCACAAAGUGAAGUUUGGAAUAUAUGGCAGAAAAACCUACAUCUCUGUGGAUAAUAUAAUCAACACUGGGAUAUUGGAUGUGGGACACGUACUCACCAUUUCGAAGGAGACGGUAUUUUUUGGUGGUCUUCCUGAUUUAUCCGAUCUACCUCUUUCGGCAACUUCAAGCUUAUCAGAACCUUUCCAAGGAUGUCUGAAACACUUGAGCAUUGAUGGAAAAUCAGUUCGUCUGGAUUCUUCAAGUAUAAAAGAAUCUAGGAAUAUGGGAGACUGUGCUGGUACCCCUUGUGGAGGUGAAGCUUGUCAAAAUGGAGGUACUUGUUGGCUAGAUUCGUUCAUGCAACCACAUUGUUCGUGUGUAUCACCAUUUUAUGGCGAAAAAUGCGAAGAGGUUGCUAUUUGUGAUGCGAAGUCUUGCAAAAAUCGCGGUAAAUGCCUGAACAACAAAUGUACCUGCCAAGUUGGGUAUGCAGGAGCAUUUUGCGAAAGCCAGAUAGUUGUCAAGACUCCCCAGUUUGGAGGGAAGAGUUACCUUAGAGUCAAGAGAGGAUCUGAUAGGAAAAGAAAUCUGAAAGAUAAUGGCAUUACUAGUAUACAAUUGAACUUCACCACAGCAAGUCCGAAUGGGUUACUUCUUUGGAAUGAUAAUAAGGGUAACAAUACUUUUGGUUUAGGACUAGAAAAUGGUUUCCUUAAACUAGCAUUAACUAUUGGAAAAUCAAAGCAGACGAUUGUAGAGGUUCCUUCGUAUGUUCAAUUGGCAGAUGGUUUAUGGCACCACGUUGAGAUCAUGUUAGACCCUUUUGUGUUGAAAAUAGAUGGUAAAGAUUUCCUGGUAUAUUCGAAGUUUGAGAAAACAACGAGAGUGAAGCUUAUUGGUGAUUUUUUUAUUGGUGGCAUGCCUGCGAAUUCCAGUUUGAUAUUGGUGACAAAUGGUUUGUUUCCACAAGCCUUUGAAGGAUGUAUCAGUGGAUUUGGAACUAAUGUGGAAUACAUGAGUGAUUUUAGUCUUCAAGAAGGCUCCAAUAUCACAAGAUGCGAUUUUUUAGCCGCUUAG